UGGGGUUCGGGAGAACAGCUGAGUAGGCCGGGAGGUGGGCCUCAGGGAUAGCUUCGGUACUGGAUGCCACGAUAAGUGCAAGCUAGCUGUGAGCUAGUUAGCUGCAAGCUGUGAUCUAGCUGUGAAGAUCAGAAGUAGUGGUCCAGGGAUUACGGCAGGAACCCGGCGUUGUUGUGGAGAGACAGUCCGAUACUAGUAGACUGGCGAGUAUUAUCCAGGCUAAGAACAGGGCUGGUAUCUGUGCAGAAGGUAAAAGCCGCUAGCAUUGGCUAACUAUGACUAAAUAGCUUUUAGCUAAUUAGCUAGUUAGCUUCUGGAGGUUCUUGAAUGUGUUCUAAAAUAAAAUAAAAAAUAAUAGCGAUACCGUAUCACAUUGGGUGAAGCAGUGUUACCUCUUUACUAUUAAAGUGUAUUGCUCUCUGUUUAUGACUGAUAAUAGGACGUAACACAGGGAUGAGGAGAAAACAAUCAUUUGGAUCCUACACAACACGUUGUUGUACCUAAAUAAUUCCACAAGAGGGCGACAUAUAAACAUUUCUUAAAACCAAUUAACCUCUACUGCCUUCAGUCCAUGACGUCCCCGACUAACUAAAAGUCUGCGUCUGCAAAAAUGCUCUUUUAUCAUAACUCGACAUGAAAGUAGCAAAGCCAAAACAGUCAAUGACAUGCUUUUCGGGAUAUACAAUUAGCUAUGGUGGAAGAAAAGGUAGUACAGAGAGAUGAUGAUGAUCCCCCGAGGGAGGGGAGGGAGGUUGUUGAGGAAGAACCAGUGGCCCAGCUCAAGAAGGAGCCCAAGAAGACAGGAAAGGCAAUGGCAAGUGAUCUAUAAAGGAUUUAAAAAACCUAUGACAAAGGAACAGCUUGCAAAAUUGUGCAAGACCAUUGUCAACUUCAUUACACAGACCACCCUGCAGAUCCUGCUGCCGGCCCUGGCCCGCAUUCUAGGGGUGACGGGCUUUUAUGACAACGCUGACUCACUCAAGAGGGGCGGCAGUGCAAGAUCCUUCACUGCCUUUGAGCAGAAAAGACUGGAGCUCAUCCAGGAAGUUAAAUAUUUGGCGAAGGAGAUGUGUAACUGUGGCGGCAAGGCUCUCCAACCAAGGUCUAGCACACCCUCUUCCAAGAGUUCCCAGACCUCACUGAAAGCCCACCUGGGAAUGCCAGAGGACAGUAUCAUCAGCAGUGUCCAGGAGCAACUGUCAAAAUCUGACCAAAUGGUGGCUGCAGGACAGCUUUCACAAAUAGAAAAAGUGGUUGGACCUAUGCUGGAGAACAUUGAGAAGAUUAGCAGCGAACGUGGCGAGGAAUUGGUCUAUCAAGAGUCACUACGGUCUUCUUCCUCGUUGUCAUUCUCAACUGCCAAAUCACAGAAGACAGAGUGGGAAUUUGCACUCCCUGGCACUCCCAUUCCUUCUGAGUUACCCGAGAGUACUGCUCAGCCCAUUGUAAGAUGCUCAGUCAUUGACUUGAGCGAAUCUACUAAGCCAAAAACAAUGGUGUGUGAUGCCAGAACAAGCAUGUUUGCCAUAGCCGAUACCAUCAUGAAGAAGGUAUAUCCAGAGGCAGAAGGGCAGGUUACAUCUCACCCUGAUCUAACAGAUGCAAUAGCUAGACUGGAGGAGCUCAUAUAUCAGGGUAGGAUUGGUGCUCUCUCCCGUGAUCUCAGUCACCAAGUGAACCGCAUAAUUUCCGAUAGCAACUUGACCCCUCUGGGACUGACAGUGGUGGCUGGAAAGAGUGCAUCUGAUACCAUCCUUUCGAAGCUGAAGAGGAAUGACAAGGUGUGGAAGCCCACAACUUACGAGCUGGUUCAGCUGUUUGUAGAGGAGUCUGUUAAGUGCCUCCUGCUUCCUAGUUUUAUGCCCUAUUCAACUUCAAUGAGUUUGGCUCAGGGGGCCAAGGUGUUGGCUAGAGUGUCUGAAGAUAGAAUUUCAUGCUCUUCUUCUUCAUCAGUAUUUAGUGACACAGUCAGUCUCUUUACCAAAGUUAUGGUAAGCCAGGUCAUGUACUCUGUGGAUUCUGAUGCAGAAAGUAGAGGAUCCUCUCCAACUGAAUCUCUCCAAACAUCUGAAACCACUAUAUCUGAUGUAGGCAAUCUAUUGAGUGGCAAGUCCUCCCCUGGGCUGUCUCCUUCUGGCGCCAUUAUGGCAACAAGCGAGACCUCCAAUGCAGCACAAAUCUUGAAGGCCAACAUUGAUGGAGAGGAAGUGGAUACCACCAGUCAUUCUGGUGUAGCUCAAAACAUUGUCAGGGACGAUAUGUCAACCAGCCCAGACAUGGUCAAAGAUGUCACACUUCCAACCCCAUCCUCUGAUAACUUGGGCAGUGAUGAUGACUUCACCGGCCUCAUCAGCAUGUUAGUAAUGAGAAUUCUAACAGAAAUCCAAACCCCAGCAGAAGAUUACCCAGUUGACGUCACACGCAAGUCACAAGACCUGAUCCCUAAAGUUAUGGAGGUCUUCUGUGCAUGGUCAGGCUGCUCUGAGACACAAGCCUAUCCAGAGAACUUGAGGAUUCAUAAAGUCUACAGAGUCGUCUAUAAAAAUCUGUUGGAGGAGUUUGGCUCGGAGAAAAUCCUCCAACAGGCCGUGUCGACUCAGGACUCUUCAUUUGAUAGGAUUCUUGUCAAGUCUUUGAGUGAAGCGCUUCUCCACAGAUGUAAUGAGGCAUUGAGGGCAGCCUCAAGAACAUCAGUCAAAACCACCGGGCCUAAGGCUCUUCCACUGGCUGAGGAUGUGAGGGCUAGCAGCGGGAAACUAUCUUUUCUACAAAGGCUGGUCAGGCUGACAAGCAACUUAAAGCUAUUCAAGAAGGGGAACAAGAAGGAUUCCCACCGCUCUGAAUCAGAACAAGUACAGACCACUGCUGAAGAUGGCAUGCUGCCCAGCAUAGUGCCACAUGCUGCCAUGUCUGCACUGCCAAAGGAUCUCCCCGCCAGCUCCCAACAGGAGACGCCUCACAAACGUCCACUUCUCGUCAGAAUGUUUUCUGCCAUCUCCAAAGGCCUGUUCAAGCCCUUCAAACAGUCCUUAAAGACCAAGUAACUUAAGACAAUUUAUUAAACGUCAUUCAUUGCAUUAAAUUGGCCUUUGUCUUCUUAUGUGCUCCCGUUAACAGACUAGAUUAC